AAUUUCCUGUUUUAUCUGUGGUUCGAAUUAAGCAUGGCGUCUCAUAGAAUAUUCUGUUAUGGUUGUUUCAUUUUAUUGCAGUCUGUAUAAUGGUUUUAACUAGUAUGGUAAUGGCUAGCAUCCAAGCAGCCAAAGCUGCUUUACGACAAGACAUUCAAAAUAAAGUCUCCACGUUGAGUACGGAAGAAAAGCAACGACAAUCUAAGAUCGUAUUACGCAAGUUGCUUGCUCUUCCCGUUUUUCAAACUAGCCAAAGAGUUUCCGUAUUUUUAAGCACCGAAGACGAGAUCAACACUGAACCUGUGGUACGAAAGAUAUUUGAAGAUGGUAAAACUUGCUUUGUUCCAAGAUACAGCAAAGCUGGCAUGCAAAUGGUACGAUUGUACUCCAUGGACGACUGGGAAAACCUACCUCUUACCAAAUGGAACAUUAAACAACCUGCUUUAAAGGAACAAAGAGAAGAUGCGUUGGAAACGGGUGGUUUGGAUCUUAUAAUUAUUCCGGGUGUGGCAUUUACAAAGGAAGGUUUUCGAAUGGGCCAUGGCGGUGGGUAUUAUGACGCCUUCUUGACCAAAUGUAAGACGAUUCAACAAAAUCCGCCAUCCACCGUGGCUGUGACUUUUAAGGAACAGGUGUUGCCGGACAUUCCCAAAACUGAGAAAGACGUUAAAAUUGAUAUAGUUUUGUAUGCUGAAUAAAUACAUUUUUCUACUCCCUACUCCAAAAUACCGAAUUUCCGAAUGAUCGAGCGCGAGGAACAUUUCAAGCACCUUAGUCACUGGUUUGGAAGCGGUAGAUUUCAGUCAUGGUAUUUUUACGUUUAUCAGCUUAUAGCUAUUAGAAAAUAUUGUGGCCCUACCACAGUUUAUUAAAUGGAUUAGUUAAAAUAUGGACGCUCUAGUACUGUAAAAAUUGGUUGCGCCAUUUUUUUUCUAAACAACGAUUUCCACACACUUAACUCAUUUUUCCACACCAUUUAAAGAGAUCUAGGCAUAUUUUGAGAAAAUACUGCAGUUAACAUUCCACAUUUAAACUUAUUGACUGUCUGUCAGCGGCCACGUUAGUUGUUGAAUUCUUCAAGGAACUGUGGUUGUUUUUUGUGUAUAAACUUUCUCAGACAGGCACAUCAUUUAAAAUGAAA